GUCAGCACCACAUUGCCGCCGCCUCCUCCCCAGCCUCAGGAAGAAAGGGCAGGCAGAGGCCAAACCAUCCCCUCCCUCCCUCCCUCUCCGUUGCUCCAGUUCGUCCGUUCCAUUGCCCUAUCUAAUCCUGGCAGCGCAAUAGCGAGAGAGGAGAGCUGGAGAUAUAUAGAUAGCUAACGAGAGAGUCGGAGUCUGAGCUCAAGGAAGGAUUUUUUUUUGGGUCGUAGAGGCAGGAUCGAAAUCAGGAGUAUGCCUGCGAGAGCGACGAAUAGGCUGUUCGUCGAGUUCUCCUCCGGCAGUGGCUGCAGGGAGGCAGAGCCGGCCGCGGCGGUGCUCUGCGCCCCUCGCCCGCGCAGGGUCCAGGUCCACCCUUGCAGCGCCGACCUCAUCCUUGGCCCGCCCCCCUUCCUCAACAACAAGAAGCAAAAGGAAGGCAAGACCAAGGCCCCGGAGGUAGAGAUCUACGGCGACGAUGACGGCGGCUGGGCGUUGUUCGGCGGCUCGCCGCCGGCGCGCGCGGACAACCCGCUUGUGCACGACCCUCACUUCCUGCUCAACCAGCGGCCCCAAACCGCCGCCCUCCCCGACUCGCCGUUGGAACUCGGGAUUUUUGACCACCCGAGCCGCAACAACAACAGCCACCGCCCCACGUAUAUUAGCAGCAGCAGCAGUAACACUUUUGCCCCGUCAUUCGCGCCGGCCGUGAGGAUCCAGGGGUUCGACGUCGCCGCGUGCCGGAGCUCCCACAACGGCAGCGGUGGCCGCGUGCUGUCCGCCCGCGCGUGAGUGAGAUCCGGCAGCCGAGGGCGCCGCCGAACCCAAGGGAAGACCUCAAAUCUUGUACAGUUUUCGCCGGCCGUCUAGCGUAUUAAUUAUGCUACGUGUAUUUUGUGGUAUAUACAAGGGUUUUUAUUAACAGCAGAUCAGAUAGGGAGGUGAGAGUUCAGAAGAAGACUGGGAGUAGAUUGAUGAUCACCGAUACACACGAGGGAGGAUCAAAGGGAGAGAGGGUUUUAUUUCUUAUAAUUUGUUGUUUUUCUCAAGUUUUCCGUGUCCUCUGAAGUUGUAAACUAGCAUCUCUUGUUCGUUCGGUUGAGUUGGGUGUUCUGUAGAUAUCAAUCAGCUCAGCGUUCGUCUUCCAGUUGAGUCCAUCCAGGAAUGGUUGGGGAAGAAAAAAGAAGGCUUUGGUUGCUUAAGCAAGCCGUCUUGCUACUGUGUACAUAACAUGAUAUGUAAUUCAGUCCGCAUCAUUUCUGA